AUGUCGACCGCAUCAGUUGCAGACGCUUCGUGGCCUCAAGGGAGCGUGAGUCCUAACGCAGGGGACGUGUCACGCUGUAAGUAUGUAAUCAAGGACUCACAACUUGGAGAUGGUUACUUCAGCGUGGUGAAGGAGUGUAUGAAUGUCUACACCCGUGACAGGUUUGCAAUGAAACUUGUAAGCAAGAAAACCGUAGAAGGAAAGCUGUGGCUGAUUCAGCGCGAAGUGAAGCUUCUCAAGGCGGUGAGCGCCAAGAUACGCGAGUUAGAGCAAUCAGAGGCUGCGUGUAAGGACACUUUCGAAGGGCACCACCAUGUCCUGCAGCUUUUUGACUACUUUGAGACCAACCAGAACAUUGUGCUUGUGACACAGUUGUGCUCACAUGGUGAUCUGUACGAGAAAAUCAUUGAGGCAGGGUCCUUAGAUGUUACGAGGCAGGUUAAAUCCUACACCGCUUGCCUUUUGAGUGCAAUCAAUUUCCUGCACGAGAAUGGAGUUGUGCAUCGAGACCUGAAAGCAGAGAAUGUACUAUUCAGGUGCAGGGUCACCGAGUUAAGCGAGUAUAGCCGCCGCGGGUCUCACUAUGACCACCACGCCCACGAUCUCAUUCUUGCAGACUUUGGGCUGGCUACGAAUCUCAAUGGCAAUGAAGACGAGCUGCGUGAAUGCGUCGGAACAAUUUCUUAUAUAGCCCCGGAAGUCGUGCGCUGCUACGGCAUCUCGCGACUCGCACCCUCUGAAGCAAAAGCAAUCCCCGCCUACGGGGCGGCCAUUGACAUUUGGGCACUCGGAGUUCUCGCUUAUUUUAUGAUGACUGGCUAUAUGCCCUUUGACUGUGAAACCGACGCAGAAACAAAGAAGUGCAUCUCCGAAGGCGACUAUUACGUGGACGAGGAGCUGAAAAGUGACAAGAGCUUGGACAGCAAGCAUUUCUGGAAUUUUGUGCAUUUGUGCUUCACAAUUAAUGCUUCUGAUAGACCGACAUCCCAAGACCUGAAAAAGCAUCCCUUUGUUCAACAGUUUUUUUCCACGGAUAACCAGGCAGAGCCCUUUGGUGACAGGAUAGCGCUAGUAAAGAGCACGUCGUCUUCUUCCCUUCAUAAUUUGGGAACGCCUUCGAGAUCUUCCAGCUCCUCGUCACUUGCGGCUUUGGGAAGAUCUGAGUCCGGUUCCAAUCUCAUCAGCAUUGAUUCCCGCGACCUUAAAUUGGAUAGAGUCCGCGAAACACUUAAAAAGACCCUAUCGAUGACCUCCAUUGCACCUGCGAGGAAUAACUUUGUUGAUCCUGCAACUCAAAACAAGAAAAACUCUACUUUUAAACUCGAACCCAUGCCUCCUUCAAACUCACUAAUGAACGGCUGUUUUUCAUUGACUCCUGAAAGCAAGUCUAAUUUUACAACGUCACCAAGUGUUUCGAGAACUCAUUCAUCCACGGAAAUGGGCCGUAUCAUGUCCACAGGAGAGUCCAAUGGAACUUCUUUGACAAGACAGAGCUCAGGUCUCGGAAAUGAGGUGACUGAAGAUGAGUGCUCAAAGGCUGCGGGAACGACUCAGCGUAGCUCACGCAAAUCAGGCGCACAGUUUGAUUUUUAG